AGGAUUUCUAUGUAUCAGGUUUAUAUAUAAGAUGUCUAUAUAUUUACACGUUGGACAGUGUGGUGUGCAAAUAGGGGAGGAAUUUUGGAACAAAAUCUCAAAAUAUUCGGACGAGGAUAAAGUUGUUCGUAACAAUUUAUGGGCACAUGGUGGCGGUGGUGAGCCACAAGCUAUGUUUAUUGAUGCGGAACGAAAGGUCGUUAGGAAGGUCACGAGGUCAACUAAGAGGGCAAAGACCGGACUUAACAUUACGAACAGCUCAGUGACCACUAGGAGGGGUUGUGGGUCGAACUUUGCGAUGGGAUUUAACUAUUUACCUCAUGUAAUAAUGGGUGAUGAUGUCAUAAAGGGAAACAAUGGGUUCGGACAAUGCGUCGUGGAUGAGCGAUCGCCGAUGCUCGAAGCUUGUUUGGAACGAAUUCGAUCGAAAGUUGAACGAUUAGACGCUUUUUCGGGGUUCAUCGGGGUUCAUAGCAGUGGGGGAGGGACGGGGGCUGGGUUCGGGGCUCGGCUGUGCCAGGAACUUAAUGAUAUUUACCCAACUGCUUAUAGAUUAUGGAACGUCAUCACCCCCUACACCCAGGGGGAAUCCCCCACCCAACAUUACAACCAACUGUUGUCAGUGUCGACCAUCCAUGAAAACGCUGACGCGCUCGUUUUAUUCAAUAAUGAUGACAUCGGCAAAAAAACAAUGAAAAAUAUCAACGAAACAAUCGCCGAUAAUAUGAUUUCUAUGUACCUCCCCGUGACCACUCUAUCACCCCCUAGUGGUGGAAUAUCUACCGGACCUGAGCCAUGGGAGAUGAUACGCUCCCUUUCUCCAAUACCCUCGUUAAAGUUGUUACAAACAAGACACCUAGUGGCGGAUAACAGCAACGACCCCCUCGUGUGGGAGAAACUAACGAGGUCGCUGAUUAGUCAGUUUCCCCAUGUUCGUUCAACCGGAACGUCGUGUAUUUCCGCACUUUGUGUUUGCCGAGGUAUUGGGAAAGGGAGUUCCCCUAACCCAGGAUUAAUCGCAAAGAAAUUAAAGAAAUCUUAUAACUGCGUGAAGUGGAAUCCAUUUCCAAUCGACGUUUGGAUGGACCAUAGAAAUCACAGGAAAAGUAUCUCGGUGUGCGCCAACCUGACCUCUAGUGGUCGUUACAUUGAGGGAAUUGUCGACAAAUCGAGGUUAAUGUACGACAGCGGGGCUUAUCUUCACUGGUAUUCACGUUACGGAAUGGAGUGCGACGAUUUUAAACAAAGUUUUGAAAUUUUGCGACGAGUCGCCAACGGUUACCGUGAUGCAGGAAAAUAAAUUGCACGAUUAUGACAUCACAAUGAUGGUUAUGAAUCACAAAGUUAUCGACGUUGGAAUUUUCUCCGAAUUGAAGCGACGAUUAUUCUUGCAAGGAACGGCCAUAUAAGGAUAAAUACCGCAACUCUCGGAUGUAAACCGGGGAACGGCCACCAGGAGGGGUUGGAGAGCUGCGGAUUGUUGCCAUGGAUACAACAAUGGUUGCAGUGAUGCGUGUCCUGGAGAUUAUGAUGUCAUUACAUGAUGAUGUCAUACAUGAUGUCACAAACAGCCUUCACUUUAAUGUUAACUACCAAAAAAAGCAGAAAACAUGCCGUUUUACCAGAGAUACAACUGCAUUGACAUUUGAGUACCCAAGAAUACAUGAUUUGGUUUCAAACAAUAA